GAGAGAGGGAGAGAGAUAUGACCUUAUCCUACCACGAAAGACAAACGACGAGCAAAUACAAAAACCUCAACCGCAAUUCCUCAUAAACAAAUUUCCAUUUGCCAUCAUCUCCUGUCAACAGUAACACAGACGAGCGAGACUCGACUUACCAGAGAGAGAGAGAGAGAGUGAGUGAGAGCAGCAGUAGCAGAAAGAGGAGAAGCAGCAGCUCUAGCUCCCAUUUUUGGAAUUAAAGCUAUAAAAUCACCUGAAAUUCAUAAUCGUAGAGACAAUGAAUUACUGCGUUCCAGAUUUCGACAUGGACGAAGAGUACUACUCCAUCCCGAUUUCAACUUCAACCAGGCCAAAGAAGUUGCCAGUAGUUGAUCAGGAUGAGAUCAUGGAGCUACUUUGGGAAAACGGUCAAAUAGUUAUGCAAAGCCAAAGCCAAAGAUCUUUCCCCAAGAGGCCUCUAAUCGAAAACGGCGCCGUUAUGUCACUCGACCGGAGAGAGAUCCGAUCAUCGCACCCUAUCGAAUCAGGAUUAAAUAACGAUCAGCUCUUUGCGCAAGAGGAUGAGAUGGCUUUCUGGUUACACCACUACCCUCCCAUCGAGGCUGCCGACUUGUAUUCCGACGUGAUCGAUCCUGCUCCCCCUCGCACCGCCCCAAAUCAAGACGUGCGAAUCCCGCCGCCUUCUACGGCGGCGCCGAUGUCUCAGCCGAGGCGUAGCGAUGCGGAGGAAUCGGAGGCGGUUCAGAGUUCCGUUCACUUCUCGACGGCUAAGGCGAGGGCGGUAGAGCAAGGGCCGUCGGGUUCGAACGAGGCAGUGAGGGAGUCGACGGUGGUGGACUCAUGCGAGACGCCGCGUGCGGCGCCGGAAUCUGUGGCUUCGCGUGUCGCCGGGAGUACGUUCGAAGUCUCAGGAGGAUUCGCGGGUUUGUGUGUGGCUGCUGAAGGUGGAAGCAGAGAUACGGGGACGUACGAGCUGACGUCGUCUUCCGGCGGCAGUGCAAGCUUGGAACUGGUGCAGAAGCCGCCAGUGACGGCGGGGGACCAGAAGCGAAAGGAACGGGAAGCCGACGACGACAUUGAGUCUCCGGGCGAGGAUGUGGAGUUUGAGUCUCCUGAUGCAAAGAAACAAAUUCGUGGAUCAACACCUGCAAAAAAGUCUCGUGCUGCUGAGGUCCACAAUCUCUCAGAGAGGAGGCGUCGAGAUAGGAUAAAUGAAAAAAUGAGGGCUUUACAGGAACUCAUACCUCGUUGCAACAAGUCAGACAAAGCUUCUAUGUUGGAUGAGGCUAUUGAGUACUUGAAAUCACUCCAACUGCAAGUGCAGAUGAUGUCAAUGGGUUGCAGCAUGGUUCCCAUGAUGUUUCCCGGCGUUCAGCAAUACAUGCCGCCAAUGGGUAUGGCAAUGGGGAUGGGAAUGGGAAUGGAGAUGGGCAUGAGCCGACCGAUGUUGCCGUUUCCAUCUGUUUUGGCCGGUUCAGCCUUGCCCACCCCAGCUGCAGCAGCUCUUACGGGUCCCAAGUUUCCUGUGCCUGCGUUUCACAUGCCUUCUGUUCCUUUACCCAGUCCAUCUAACCAGUCAGAUCCCGUUCUAAAGUCACUCAGUCCCCAGAAUCGUAACCAGCCACAAAUGAUGAACUUUCCUGGUUCUUAUCAUCAAUAUCUUGGUCUCCACCACACACAACUGCCACUGCCCCAGAAUCAAGCAAUGAUGCAGCCAAGUACCACUAAGCCGAGUACCAGCAGGGAGGUUGAGAAUCACGAGAACCUCCAACUUGGGUGAUUCACGAGCAGAUGGAUUGUGAAAGGCUGUUUGCCUGCGGAGUUUUGUACUACUAAGAGAGAAAAAACACCAACAGUACUAGUACAGUCUAUACUGGCUGUAUAACACGGCUAGUACGUAUUUAUUUAAUUUUUUUUUACCCUUUUCCAGUUGUAUAUAUUUUUUGAUCCGUGUUGGGUAUGAUUCAAAGGUGAGAAUUAUAUUUUCCGCUUGACCAAAAAAAAAAAGGUAUGCAAGACGAUAUUUUGAUUAUUUUAGAAAUAUAGGAAUCUUAAUUUAUUAUUUUGAGUUUAGCAUUUUAGUAGGAAUGUUUUAUUUUAGUCAAGAUAGUUUAAAAGUAUUUAGUUUUCCUAGUUUUCCUAUUUUGAAUAGAUUUCUUGGUCAAGAAAAAUUAGGAUUGAUUUUAUUUCCUUAUGUUUACUUUAGAUUUUUAGAUUUUAAGAAUGCUAGGUAUAAGAAUUCUAUUAGUAUAAAUAAGAUUGUAAGUCUUAGGCUUGAGGGAGUUGUUUUAUGAUUAAUGAAAAUUGAGAGUUUUCUCAUUAUUGUGUG